CAUGCGUGCGCGCACACCCUCACCGUCUCUGCUAAUCAGCUGACCGGAGAUGCUAGCUAGGCUGAAUUGAAGGACCUCUGGGUCGCCACGACACUAUUAUUAGCAGUAAUAUUUAUUAAGAUUUAGUGAUAUGAAUGGGAAUCUGCGACUGUCUGACUGAAACCCACCGAGUCAAGCGAACGGUGAAGACUGUGUUUCGUGCUCCUCCUACAUUAGUUGAACUCUCCUGGAAGCCCAACAGCAGCCGCCAUGACGGAAUUCUGGUUGAUCUCUGCGCCAGGUGAGAAGACGUGUCAGCAGACAUGGGACAAGCUGAUGGUGGCCACCACGCGCACCAACAACCUCUCCACCAACACCAAGUUCAACAUUCCCGACCUCAAGGUGGGCACGCUGGAUGUCCUGGUGGGUCUGUCCGACGAGCUGGCCAAGCUGGAUACGUUUGUGGAAAGUGUGGUGAAGAAGGUGGCUCAGUACAUGGCUGACGUUCUGGAGGACAGCCGGGACAAAGUUCAGGAGAACCUGCUGGCCAAUGGACUGGACCUGGUCACAUACAUCACCAGAUUCCAGUGGGACAUGGCCAAGUAUCCCAUUAAACAGUCGCUGAAGAACAUCUCCGAGAUCGUCUCCAAGCAAGCGACGCAGAUUGACAACGACCUGAAGGCCCGAGCAUUGGCCUAUAACAACCUGAAGGGGAACCUGCAGAACCUAGAGCGGAAGAACGCGGGGAGCCUGCUAACCAGGAGUCUGGCCGACAUUGUGAAGAAAGAUGACUUUGUGCUAGACUCGGAGUACCUGGUCACCAUGCUGGUGGUUGUUCCCAAGACAAGCUUCGUAGACUGGCAGAAGACGUACGAAACCCUGGCGGAGAUGGUGGUGCCGCGUUCCACUAAGUUGCUGUUUGAGGACAACGACAGUGGCCUGUUCAGCGUCACGCUCUUCCGGAAGGCUGUGGAUGACUUCAAGCACAAGGCCAGGGAAAACAAGUUCACGGUGCGUGACUUUCAGUACAACGAGGAAGAGAUGAAGGCCGACAAGGAGGAGAUGACGCGCUUGUCCACCGACAAAAAGAAGCAGUUUGGUCCUCUGGUGCGGUGGCUCAAAGUCAACUUCAGUGAAGCCUUCAUCGCGUGGAUCCACAUCAAAGCGCUGCGUGUCUUUGUGGAGUCGGUCCUGAGGUACGGGCUUCCGGUGAACUUCCAGGCCAUGCUGCUGCAGCCCAACAAGAAGAACAUGAAGAAGUUGCGGGAGGUUCUGUACGACCUGUACAAGCACCUGGACAGCAGCGCCGCCAUCAUCGACGCCUCCAUGGACAUCCCCGGUCUGAACCUGAGCCAGCAGGAGUACUACCCGUACGUUUACUACAAGAUCGACUGCAACCUGCUCGACUUCAAAGUUUAGACGCGCCGUUGUCGUCGCGACGGUUUUACAUUCCCCCCUGUUUUUCCCCUGCCCCCCCUCCCCUCGUCUUAAUCUCAAUUUUUGUUCCCGUUCCAUUCCGCUUUCAAAAGUCAAGGAGGAUCAAUUCAAAGUGAUGAAAGGGGUGGCUGGACAUCCCCACCUGCUAUCCAAAGGCAUUGAUAAUCCUUCAUUUCUAUUGUCACAAGUGUCGUCCGACUGGUACACAAAUGGAGAUGUAUAUGAUAAAUAUAUUAUUUAUUUUAAGUCUCUAAACAGUCAGUGAAGAUUUUAUUUGACAGUGAUGUGAGUUCUUAGCGUGUUUGUUUCCAGUUCGAUGUUGAUCAUCCCCCACGUUAAAGAUGCACUCUAUUUGCUGACUGUGCGCUCCUGUUAAAUCUGUAAUAUUGAUCCUUUGCCCGCUACUGUAAUGCUGCCCCGAUGUAAACAUAUUUAAAAAGAAAGCAAAUAAUAAAUGUGAAAACAAUGAUUGUCGUGAAAGGCAAAUUGACUGCUCAAUUU